UAAAUCAAUACUAGAUAAACGAUACGUAGCUGAAAACACUCAAAGAGCUAUCUUACAAACUCGCAAAAAAAUCACCCUUCCAACAGAUAUAAAAGAGUCCAGUUCGCAGCGGCUUGACAUAGUUUAACUACAGAAAUGAAAAUAAAAGAAUCUAAGCGAUCACUCGGAGCGUACGGAGCGCUUUUGAUCCUUUUCGCUUGUAACUGCUGCUUGGCUUGCAAUGAUCGGGUCGCAAGCGGCACGCAGGAGCAGCAGAAAGAUUGGUGGCAAACUGCGCAGUUCUAUCAGAUCUACCCACGUUCCUUUAUGGACUCGAAUGGCGAUGGUAUUGGCGAUUUAAAGGGCAUCACCUCGCGUUUGGACCACUUGAAGGAUAUCGGCGUCACUGCUGCCUGGCUUUCACCAAUAUUCAAGUCGCCAAUGGUCGAUUUUGGCUAUGAUAUAUCAGACUUCUAUGACAUUCAGGAUGAAUACGGUACUAUGGACGAUUUUCGUGAGUUGGUUGCUGAAGCAAAUAAAAAGGGGAUUAAAAUCAUUUUGGACUUUGUGCCCAAUCACUCGAGUAAUGAGAGUGAAUGGUUCAAAAAAUCGCUGCGACGUGAACGCGGCUAUGAGGACUACUAUGUUUGGGCCGAUGGCAAGUACGAUGCAGAAGGUAAUCGCAUACCGCCGAGUAAUUGGCUUCAGUCAUUCCGCGGCUCCGCUUGGGAAUGGCGCGAGGAACGCCAGCAAUACUAUCUACAUCAAUUCGCAGUUCAGCAAGCGGAUUUGAAUUAUCGAAAUCCCGCCGUUGUGGAACAAAUGAAGCGCAUACUACGCUUUUGGCUCGAUCAGGGCGUCGCUGGUUUUCGCGUCGAUGCAGUGCCGGUGCUCUUCGAAGUAGAACCGGAUGAAAAUGGCCAGUACCCCGAUGAAGGCGUGAGCGGUGCUACUGACGACAAGGACGAUCGUGCCUACUUAAAGAAUGAGCUGAUAGAAAACCGUCCAGAAACCAUCGAUAUGGUGUACCAGUGGCGCCAAGUGAUGGACGAUUAUCAGCGCAUUCAUGGCGGUGACACGCGUGUGCUACUAAUUGAAACCUACGCUCCGCCCGCUUACACCAUGCAGAUGUACGGCAAUCGCUCAGUGGAGGGUGCGCAUUUGCCGUUCAAUUUCAAUUUGAUUACCGGACUAAAGCCCGACGUGACGGCGCCGCUCGUGCAGCAGGCGAUCGAUCAGUGGCUGAAUAAUAUGCCAGCGGGGCGAACAGCCAACUGGGUUAUCGGUAAUCAUGAUCAGCGUCGUGCGGCCAGCCGCUAUGGCGCUCAGAACACCGACGCGAUGAAUAUGUUGGUAAUGAUUUUGCCAGGUGCAAGUGUAACCUAUCAGGGUGAGGAGUUGGGCAUGAUUGAUGGUGUGAUUUCGUGGGAGGACACCGUCGACCCUGCUGCCUGCAAUUCGAACACAAGUAUAUACGAGAAAUUCACGCGUGAUCCAUCGCGCACGCCAUUCCAGUGGAGUGCGGGCAAAAACGCGGGAUUUUCGAGUGCGGCGAAGACUUGGCUGCCACUUGCACCGGAGUACGAAACACUAAAUGUGGAGGUGGAGAGCUCCAGCGCGUACUCGCAUUUGGCGAUCUACAAGUCUCUGGUAGAGUUGCGCAAGACAUCGAAAACGUUGCAGAAUGGCGCGUAUAAAUACAAAGCGCUUGAUGAUGGCGUUUUCGUCUUGAAACGUUCUCUGGCUGGUGAGGAAACUAUUGUGUUUGUUGCUAAUUUAGGUAACGCAGCUAAAACUGUUAAUUUACAAACCGAUUUUGACACAUAUCUGCCGAAUGCAAUGAACCUUAAAAUACUCAGCGCAGAUUCCUCGAAGACUAUUGGUGCUGAAAUCAAUUUGACUAGGUUGUCCUUGGAAUCUGGCGAAGCGCUGGUGCUGGGUCGGCGUUGAAAUAGCUGAUUCUCAUUUUU